UUCACAUAUACAGUCUUUAAACAUUCAAUAAAAGAAAUAAAGAAAGUUACUUUUGUUUAUAAAUAUUUACUCACUUUGUUUAUAACAUAACACGUUCCUAUAUCCUGCGUUACAAAAAUAUUUUUAAAUGUACAACGACCUUAAUUUCUUAAUAUUUUCUUUUAAUUUUCACGCUUCAAUUUUUUUUAUCUGGCCUAUCUAUGUGUAUCUAGAUUAUGACCAUAGGUGUUAGCAAAAUGAGAUUAUUUAUGAGCGUAUGAGUAACAUACAUUUUUAUCAUUCUACUCAACUUAAUCAUUAAAGCGAAUAAAUUCAAUGUAGAUAUAAGUACGUACAAGUUAACAAAAAUUGGAUAGAUUUCAAUUUCUAGCAUUAUGUACAUAUUGGCUGUCUUUUUAAUUAUCACUUCCAUUGUUAGUGGCUCGGUUCCACGUAUAGUGGGCGAUAAUGAAGCUGAAGACGGCUCGGUUCCACGUUUAGUGGGCGGUAAUGAAGUUGAAGACGGUAAAUAUCCUUACCAAGCGUCAAUCAGAAUUAGAGGUUCACAUAUAUGCGGAGCAUCAAUUAUUAACCCUUAUGUCAUCCUUACCGCCGCACGCUGUAUUUAUAAGAAAGUACCAUCACAAAUGACGGUUAUUGUUGGAACCAAUUAUUUAUCCCAACCUGGUAUUGUUCACACAGUCAACAAAUUGAUUUGGCACGAAUUUUACGACGAAUACCUGAUCCAUAAUGAUAUCGGCUUAAUACUCGUAAAUGGAUACAUUAAAUAUAACGACAAAAUUCAGCCGAUUCCACUCGCAAGGGUAUAUUACGUACCUCAAGAAACAAACGCUGUGGUAACCGGUUGGGGAAAAUUAAACAGUGGAUCAGGCGGUAUGUCUAACGUAUUGCAAGCGCUAAAUGUAACUAUAGUGUCGCAGGAAAUGUGCCAAAUGUACGAUUGGAUGGCAACAAAAAAUAAUAUAUGCACGAGUGCAAAACGGAAUCAAGAAGCUUGUUCAGGUGACCCUGGUAGUCCUUUGGUUUUUAAUGGUAUACAAGUGGGGAUCGUUUCUUAUGGUCGACCAUGUGACUACCUCAGCGUGUACACCAGAGUGUUUCCUUACGAACAGUGGAUAAAUAAUAUUACAAGUAAUUACCAUGGUAUAGGAUCUCAAGUAAAUUCAAAUAUGUGGUCUAUAUUGCUGCUUACAUCGCUUACAAUCGUCUUCUCUUUACAGUAGUAAAGAGUUUUGUCGUAAGAGUAUUAA